AUGAAUGCCUCUUACUUACAGGGUGGACAACUCCCUCCUGGAAUCUCUGUGUUCUCCUGCAACACCAGCACUUCUGGUCAUUCCACCUUCCUCCUCACUGGCUUUCCAGGCCUGGAAGCUUCUCACCACUGGGUGUCCAUUCCCAUCAACCUUGUCUGUGUGGUUUCCAUCCUGGGUAACAGCAACAUUCUCUUCCUGAUCCGCACAGAUCCAGCCUUACACGAACCUAUGUACAUCUUCCUGUCCAUGUUGGCAGCCUCAGACCUGGGCCUCUGUGCCUCCACCUUCCCCACCAUGGUGCAGCUCUUCUGGCUGGGUGCUCGUGAGCUGCCCUUGGAUCUCUGUGCAACACAGAUGUUCUUCAUCCACACCUUCACCUAUGUGGAAUCUGGUGUGCUGCUGGCCAUGGCCUUUGAUCGCUUUGUUGCUAUCCGGGACCCUCUGCACUAUGCCCCAAUGCUUACCCAUUCAGCCAUGGCCAAAGUCGGGGCUACCAUCAUGGUGAGGGCUGUCCUGCUGAAUCUCCCGGGACCCCUCCUCCUGCGGCGUCUGCUCUUUCCCCAGAUCAGUGUACUCUCUCACUGCUACUGCCUGCACUGUGACCUUGUGGGACUGGCCUGCUCAGACACUCAGGUCAACAGCCUGGUGGGCCUGGUCUCCAUCCUCCUCUCAUUGGGCUUUGAUUCCUCCCUUAUCAUGCUCUCCUAUGUCUUGAUCCUACGGACUGUGCUGAGCAUUGCAUCACCUGGGGAACGACUAAAGGCACUCAAUACAUGUAUCUCACACCUCUGCAUUGUUCUCAUCUUUUACUUGCCCAAACUGGGGCUGUCUGUGUUGCACCGAGUAGAGAAGGACAACUACCCUGCUCUGGCAGUGCUCAUGGCCAACCUGCACUUCUUGGUUCCACCCUUCAUGAACCCCAUUGUCUACUGCAUCAAGUCUAAGCAGAUCCGCCGGGGCCUCCUAAAGCGCUUGCAGCAGAAAAGGGUUGAUGUCUCGUAG